CCGAUUAUAAAAGCUGUCGAGUUGUCGAACUCUCGUCUACGAUCCCAGACAUACUUUCCGACGUAAGAUAGGGCAUGAUGUCGGGACUCACUACUACGGAUGACGCAAGAGCACCUUCCCCGCCCUGUGUCGAGCAGCUGCAUCAUCCAGAACACGCAGCACACGUCGAGGUCCCUCACGGAGCAUCGAAUCUACCUCAAGGCAUGUCAACGAUGAACGGCAAGGCUUUCCUGGGCAAGAAGAUGGCUGCCAGUGGCCAAUCAUUCUGUUCGCCGACGGACACUCUCGUCUCACCCUGUACUGCCAAGCUCAAUAUCACAAAGAAGAAGCACUUCCAAAAAGGCAAGCCAUUGACACUCGCUGCGUCAUUCAUGUCCAAUCGCGAGACGUCCCAAGAGCAAGGCAACGUCAAGGACAGUUCAGUCUUUGGCGGAGGCGACGAGAACCGUCCGCCUCAAUAGAUGGCACUCGCUCGGCCCAUUAUACCCACGCGCAUCUCAGACAGGACCUGUUGUCGCCCCGUUUCGGUC